AUGUUUAUGAAUAUUCAAGCAAUGUAAUAACUGAAAUUACAAAUCGUUUUCCUGAUAGUCCUUUACUUGCAGCAAUGAAGAUUUUAAAUCCAAUUGAAUGGUCAUACAAAAAAGAAGAAUUGUUAGAAUUUGGUCAUGAAGAAUUGCAAGCUUUAUUAAAUCACUAUGGAGCAUCGAAAACUGUUAAUAGACAAAAUUUUUUACCAUUAAUAGACUCAGAUUCUUGUAUAGUUGAAUGGUCUGGUUUUAAAAAUAUUGUUUUUUCAAAUUAUUUGACGUUUUCUUCACAAGAACUACUUCCCGUACUAAUUCGUGAUUAUUUGGAUAUGUUUCCUAAUAUUAUUAAACUA